AUGCAACUAGACUUUUCUUUUUCUGCUCUUAUUUUUUAUCUACUCUGUAAUGCUUAUUUCUCCUCAUUGUCUGAGUUAAUCGCCGACCUUCAACUACCGUUCAGAUCAGUUGAUUAUGCUUCCAAUGAUGUCUCAAACAGCGACUUGGCAGCGGCUGCGGAAAUCGCUCAGAUUUGCACCAUUCUCCGACUUGCAGCUUUCAACCUCAACCACAAUCCGGCUAGUCUGGCCACCGAAAUUCUCCUUCGUUUCGCCGCACCCUCGAUGCCCUCCGGCCUGCUCCCCAUCACACCCUCUAUCAGUGACGCCGACGAGCCCAUCUCCUGGCUCUCCCGGUUGGUACAUCAUUGCUACACCCUGGGGCCUAGCAACUCUUGCCUGCGUCCUCGAGCCGCUUUCUGGCCAUUUCAUCAUUUUCUCGUUUCCGACUCAACUACCGAAACUCAGGAAAACUUGGCUCCACUUAAGGACUGUGGUCACCUUCAACUCCGCACCGUUUUCUGCCUAAACGACAGUUUAGCCUGCCUAAUGGCCAACAGGCUCAUUGUGACUGUGUCAUUGUCGGCCAGCAACCAAGUUGUCUGGUACGAUUUGUAUGGUAGCCCAGUACGUGUGAUAAAUUCGUUUUCGGGGCUGUCUACUUUUGCCAUUCGACUGGCCUUAAUGCGUCUCCUCUUGCAGUCCGACGGUCCACCGGACGUCUGGGUCCCUUUUUUGAUCAGAAAAGAUGACCAAAACGGGACUGUGCAUGACGAAAGUGAUCGUCUAGAAGAGUUGAAUCUCUUCACCGGCGAACACCAUCCUUUGCCUCACCAACCGGGUUCCGUGGCGCUGAGGUUUCGGGCAAGUCGACUUCUGCUUGUAUCCCGUGACUGGCUGGCAGGGCUGCAUGAAGAAGUGGCGCUGCAAAACGGAGUCUCCCACUUCGUCGAGCCUCAUCGCGGUGAUGGCGAGGCCAGCGAAUGUCGGUAUCUUUCACUCCUUCAUCUGCCCACACAAGAGCUGCUGGUUGACUCUGUGCGUGUGUUGGCCGGCAGUCAAGCGGCCUCGCUGUCACGUGGUACACUCACCUACUCGACGUCAAACGACGCUGUCAUGCUUGAUUUGGCAGGACUGAGAGGAGUGAGGCUGACCGACUGCAAUACUUGCCUCAAGGUGAUUCUCUGUUUGACUUUGAUGCAGGAAGGUCGGCUUCUGGCCCUCGGGCGACAGAAAGACUCGCCGGACUGCCUCGAGCUAGUUGUAGAGGUCUAUACCGAACUGUCCUCUACGACUAUGCCAUUGUCGCACUCUCUCCUCUCUUCACAACCAAAUGAAGAUGACUCUGCUGCCUUCUUUCUUAAGGUUAAGUCGUGGCCAGACGGCCCUGGUGUACAGCUGCGCAAAUGGUGCUUUUCCAAUGUCCGAAAGGUGCUCUUCGCAACGACUGACCUUCCCGUACUGGCCGCUCGAUCAAAACUCAGUCGUACCGGAUGUCUGGUUGCCAUGCUCUUGCAUUCAUUCUCCAACGAUUCUAUAGGCAACGGACUGAUUUUUCAUGGCUCCGGGGGGCAGAGUCGAUUGGUGCAACUGGGUGCUGGUAUAGGCAAACCAAGCAUGGAUUAUGACGAAAGCUUGAUAAAGAGGUUGGUAAUUUAUCAUUGGUAUCCUUAUCUAUAG